CGCCGCAACCAUGGGGAGAAAGUCCAGCAAGGCCAAGGAGAAGAAACAGAAGCGGUUGGAGGAGCGAGCAGCCAUGGAUGCUGUCUGUGCGAAAGUGGAUGCUGCCAACAGGCUUGGAGACCCUCUGGAGGCGUUCCCAGUCUUCAAGAAGUAUGACCGCAAUGGGUUGAAUGUCUCCAUUGAAUGUAAACGAGUGUCUGGAUUGGAGCCAGCCACUGUGGAUUGGGCCUUCGACCUCACCAAAACCAAUAUGCAGACUAUGUAUGAGCAAAGUGAGUGGGGCUGGAAGGACCGAGAGAAACGGGAGGAAAUGACUGAUGACCGAGCCUGGUACCUCAUUGCUUGGGAAAACAGUUCCAUCCCAGUUGCCUUUUCUCACUUCCGAUUUGAUGUGGAGUGCGGGGAUGAAGUCCUGUACUGCUAUGAAGUGCAGUUGGAAAGCAAGGUACGGCGGAAAGGCCUAGGGAAGUUCCUCAUUCAGAUCCUGCAGCUCAUGGCCAACAGCACACAGAUGAAGAAGGUGAUGCUAACUGUAUUUAAACACAAUCAUGGCGCCUAUCAGUUCUUCCGAGAGGCACUGCAGUUUGAAAUCGAUGACUCUUCCCCUAGCAUGUCUGGUUGCUGUGGGGAGGACUGCUCCUACGAGAUACUGAGCCGGAGGACCAAGUUUGGGGACAGUCAGCAUUCCCACACAGGCGGGCACUGUGGUGGCUGUUGCCACUGAACUCCCAGAAUCACUUGCAAGUGAAGUCACUCUCCUUAGGCCUGUCCUCUUCCCUGGUCUUAAGCCACUUGCCAGGUAACCCUGGAGCUGUGGGUGUCUUAGCCCUGCAUGAGCCAGCGUACCCUGGGGAGCAGUGACCCCUGCCGCUUUUCCACCCCCUCCUGGAAAAGCAGAGUGCUAGGAGGGGACACAGAAGGAGAGGGUGCUGUGAGAAGGAUGAUCGGUCGGCCACUGAGCCCAUCCUUGUUCAGUGGCUGCCUCCUUGAUUAGCUCUUGGGCCCCUAAAAUGGAAGGUUCCCCACUUGUCUGCAGCUGGAUUCCUGACAGGGCCCCACACCAUGCUCCAUAUGGACAAAUGGAAUGUUUAUACCCACCUUUGUGAAAGACCUGAAGUCUUCCGGUCCCCAGAAAGGAUUGAAUGCAGAUCUGGGUACACAACAGCCCUUGGACAUUUUUACUCUGGGAACCAAGUACUCUCCUGGAGACCAUGUAGCUCUUUGAUGCCAAGAUGCAGGGGUUCGUGCCGUGUCCUCAGAGAGCCACAGGGUGGAGUCUCAGGGGACCAACCAACUUCAGGGGGGGAGACUGUGUGUCUCCAUCACUGUCAGCAUGGCAGAGAAGACCAGGAAGAGCUGUCUGUCAGUUUCUUCUGUGUUUGCCGAAGGGAUGUGGCAUCUCUGGGCCUUUGGAUUUUGCUGCAUUUCUCCUGAUCUUGACUCAGCCUUUUUACUCAAGAAGGAAGUCACAGUCCUGCCUGUUCUCACACUUCUGACUUCAGCCCAGAUACCUCUGUUCUUAGUCUCAAGGGGAGUAACAUCAGGGAGCCCCUCUUCUCCCCCAGCAGGACCCCUCCUUCCUGGUAUUGUCAAUACCAUUUCCUCCUCCUCUUGGUGCUGAUAGCUCUCUGGAGGGGGGUUACCCCC